AUGGCACAAAGAUGUUUUCGGACGAUUUGCAGAGAUUGGAUUCACGAGUGCCACUGGUUUUGUGAUUUGGCAAAAGGCAAACAGCUGUACGAGAAAUGCAUGGAAUGUUUGAGUUGGAGAGGUAAGCACUGCUAUGACUGCUUUGACCUCUGA